CCGGGUCUGCAGGGAGCCGUCACAGAGGUCAAAGGUCACCAGGCACCACCCACUUGGCGGAUCCACUGACCCCACCCAAGCCACGUGCCUCCCCCCGUCCCGCCCAAGGACCGCGACCCAGCCAGGCCCCCGGGCCUGGGUUAACAACGUGCGGAGCAGGAACAAAUCCCCACGCACCGGCAGCGGCCCCCUAACCUUGGGCAAGGCGGUGUUGACAUUGAGCGUCUGCGCAUGCGCACCCAAACCACCUCGCUCGCUCUGUCCCCUUUUCUGCCCCGCCCGUGCCUUUCCACGCAUCCUAAAGAUCUCUCUUCACCCCAAGGCAGGUGAGAAGACAACAGAAUGAGGAGGGUGAGCUUGAGUCCACAGGAGCUCUCAGAGAACAACGUGCUCCUGUUCCUGAGGCAACCUCGGACCAUUGCUAGGAUCCUAGCUGGGCUCUUCUCGCUGAUCAUAUUUGCCUCCUUGGUGACCGAUGGCUACCAGAACUUGACAACUUCAUCCCAGCUGCGCUGCGUGCUUAAUGACAAUUGGGUGGCCUGCAGCUAUGCCAUCACAGCCGGGGUCCUGGCCUUCCUGCAAUCCUCCCUCUUCCUGGUCUUCGACGCUUAUGACAUCAUCAUCAUUAGCCACAAAGUCAAAUCUGUCAUCCUGAGUCUGGACCUGACCUUCUCCAUCAUCUGGUCGUGCGUAUGGUUCGUUGGCUUCUGUUUCCUGGCUAAUCAAUGGAACAGGUCUGCUCACCACUACCUGCUGGGAAGCAGCUCAGCCAGCGCCAGCAUUGCCUUUGCUUUCUUCUCCAUCCCCUGCUGGGUGUACCUGGGCUACCGAGCCCUGAGGGGCCUGUGGGCUGAGCGCCCCAUUUCCUACAAACAGUCCUUGGACGAAGGCACUGUGGCCCUGACCACACUCUCUUCUGUCACCACCACCUCCAUCCCCAACAGCAUGGAGUAUCAUAGCCCCAUCGAAGGCAGAAGAGCCAGCUCCACCCCCACCGAAGGCAGGAGAGCCAGCUCCACCCCUACCGAUGGCAGAAGAGCCAGCUCCACCCCCACCGAAGGCAGGAGAGCCAGCUCCACCCCCACCUAA